AUGUUUUCGGUUGAUAGAGGUUUCAUAAAAGCAGAUUCUGGUAAUUUACCAGAAGUAGAUAUGUUUAUGGUUUUUGAUUAUUUCAAUAAACAUAAAGACUUUAUAAGUGCAGAAAUGAGGGGGAUAAAGUUGCUUAGGUCUGGCAGACAAAGCUAUGGUGAUAACGCUAUUGGAUAUGUACAACUCAAACAACAAGCAGCGCUUUGUGAAUUAAAAGCUAAAAUCACCCCAGAACACAAAAUAAAAUCGAAAAAUUAUACUGUGCUCUGUGUUAUUAAUACUGAAGAAAAGGAAGUUGUUAAUACAAAAUGUCAGGAUUGUGCUGCGUCUGAAGGAGGGUCUACUUAUGAUGACUCGGUGUUGCUAGAAUAUAUUAGUGAAGCCAAAAAGCAAAAGGUAGAAAAUAGUUUAAUGCGAUAUCAUAGCACUGACAAAUAUUCCAAUCUUUCAAUCCAUAACCUUGCUAUUGCCUUUAAAAAUUCUGCACCACAAGGAAAAAAUUCAAAACUUUUUAUAGAAUUUUGUAAAACCAAAAUGAAAGCUGAAUUAAUUUUGGAGGUAGAAAGAGAUACCAGAAAACACAGUGAUAGUAUCAUUUGGCAGGAAAUGAGGUAUGGACGGAUUACUGCAUCAAAAGCUCAUAGUGUUACCAGAUGUAAAACUGUGGAUGGAUGCUUAGUAGAAAGUAUUUUAGGAGCAAAAUUGAUUCAAACUAAAGCAAUGAAGAGGGGACUAUAUCUAGAAAAUGAUAUAUUGAAAUUAUUAGAAAAACAAACUGGACAAAGGUUCUUUAAAGCGGGAAUAUUCCUUUCCCAACAAAAUCCAUUGAUAGGUGCCUCUCCAGAUGCUAUCAACAAAGAAUUUGUAGUUGAAAUUAAAAGUCCAACUACCGAAAAAUCAUGCCUAAAUUACAUAGAUUCAGAUGGAAAUAUUAAAGAAAAAUGCUUGUAUCAAAUUCAAAUACAAAUGUAUCUCAGUAAAAAAAUGCAUGGAAUUUUUGUUAUGUCGCAUCCCGAUUUUGAAAAAUCAAAAAAAAUUACAAUAAAAUAUUGCGAUUUUGAUGAGGAACUUGUUAAAUCAGUAAUAAAACAACUUGAUGAAUUUUGGCUGGACAACAUUUUUAAUAAAAUUAUGUGA